AUGGCAUCUUUCUUUGACAAGCCGAUGGUGAGCCUUCUGAGGGGUCAAUCGCUAGCUCCAAUUUCAGCCGUUGAGGCUUUGGAAGGAAAGAAGUACAUUCUUGUUUACUUUUCCGCCCAUUGGUGUCCCCCCUGUCGUAUGUUUACCCCUGUGCUGCGAACCUUUUACGAGAAGUCCCACGCGGAGAAGAAUUUCGAGGUCGUCUUCGUGUCCCUGGACCAGUCCGCGGAGAAGAUGCGGGCCUACAUGGAAGGCGCCCACGGGGACUGGUUGGCCUUGCCUUUUGACGAGGCGAAGGUGGUGGGAAAGGCGUGGAUGACGCGGUAUAACUUCCAGACUAUUCCCACCCUUUUGGUCUUUCAGAACCCGCGCACCACCCCGUCAGGUGAGGGCAAAAAGGAGUGGAGGCUGGUGACGCAGUACGCCCGGGACCUACUCGAUGCCGAUCCAAAGGGCGAGGGCUUCCCGUGGCCGAACGGGGAUGCGGAGGUUCGGGAGUACUACCGCGUAUUGAAGCGAAACGUCUUGAUUACGGUGCUGGUUUUGAUCACCCUCGGGGUUUGUCUGUAUCGAUUUUUCUUCUAA